UGUCAUGGCGCGACAGUGCUGCAGCCAGGUGACGGAAUCUGUAAACUGCAAUUGUUUAUUGGUUAUCUCUCCAGUGAUUGACAGUGAUCAUUACAAUCAAAGUGUUCGCAACAACUAGCGAAAAAUUAUAAUCUUGAAAGCAGCAGCAGUAUUGUUAGCAGGCGACAAAUAGCGCACAGUGUUGCCAACAUCAUGUCGAAAAAACCAAACAACGGUAUACAACCGGCCCUGCAUAAGGUGAUAAUGGUUGGUAGCGGGGGAGUUGGCAAAUCAGCACUAACCCUACAGUUUAUGUAUGAUGAGUUUGUGGAAGACUAUGAACCAACCAAGGCCGACUCCUAUAGGAAAAAAGUGGUUUUAGAUGGCGAGGAAGUGCAAAUCGAUAUCCUAGAUACCGCCGGGCAGGAGGACUACGCCGCUAUACGUGAUAACUACUUCAGAAGCGGAGAGGGCUUUCUAUGUGUGUUCUCGAUAACGGAGGAGGAAAGUUUUCAGGCCACCCAGGAAUUUCGCGAGCAGAUUCUGCGCGUAAAGAACGACGACCAGAUUCCGUUCGUUUUAGUUGGCAAUAAGGGAGAUUUGGACGAGAAGCGCAAAGUGACGCUGCACGAUGCCCAGACAAGAGCCCACAACUGGCAAGUGCCCUAUGUGGAGACUUCCGCCAAAACACGCGACAAUGUCGACAAGGUAUUCUUCGACCUGAUGCGCGAAAUCCGUUCGCGAAAAAUGGAAGAGAACAAGAUGAGCAACGGACGGGGUAAAGACAAGAGCAAACGCAAAAAGCUGCGUUGCGCUCUGCUAUAAGGCUGCGAAACAUGGAACACACAAUCAAACUAUCAUCAUCAUCAGCUGCUGCGGCUGCUGUCUGCCACAACUCCAUCUUCAUCAUCAUCAUCAUCAUCACUCACAACUAGAGAGAGAGAGAGAGAAUGAGAGAAUCCAAGAUGGCGGCUACUGAGUGUUGUUGCUGUCAUGUUGGUAGUAGUAAUUUGUGCGUGUGUGUUAGUGUAAAUUUGUGAGGGCGGUUCCCCUGAUGAGUGACAUUCAUUUCGUCAAGAUUUCAGUCAAUCAAGAAGAACCACCAGCAUGGGUUGGUUGUCGUUACAUACUCCAUUACGUUCAGCUUUCAGAACUGUGAAUAUCUUAUAUUUAAUUCGAAAAUUAUCAAAUAUUUCUGAAAACCAGCUUAUUUUCAUGUUUAAGGCUGUGCAAAUGCUGAAAAUAAACUUUUUACUCGUGAUAUUAUUCAAAGUUUUUCGAUUUGUAUAUCAUCAAGCUAUCAAAAUGAAAAUGUUUUCUCAAGAAAGCAUUUUUUUCUGAUCAUUAAUUUUUGAGAUAUAAGCUCCUAAAGUUUGAAUGUUUGGGACAGAACAUUUCAAAUUCGGUAAGAGAUAAAUCGAUGAGACUCAAAGGAUAGAUUCUUCAUGGUAUUGUUGAUCUAGUAAAACAAAAAUUUUCAAUCAAUUUUUAAGAUAAUUAUUCAAUUUACUAAAAAUAACCAAAAAUAACUUUUAGUUGAGUUAUUUUUGGUAAAGUGAAUAACUUUCCCAAAAAUUUUUGUUUUACUAGAUCAACAAUACCAUGAAGAAUCUAUCCUCUAAAUCUCAUUGAUUUAUAUCGUACCGAAUUUGAAAUGUUCUGUCCCAAAAAUUCAAACUUCAGUUGCUCAUAUCUCAAAAAGUAAUGAUCGAAAAAAAAUGUUUUAAUGAGAAAACCUUUUCAUUUUGAUAGCUUGAUGAUAUACUAAUCAAAAAACCUGGAAAAAUAUCACGAGCAGAAAGUUCAUUUUUAGCCUUUGCACAGCAUUAAGCAAAAACCUCUCCCCUAAUUUGAUCUUCAACUAACUUCUACCUAAAGAGUGGAUACAGUAUCAUAUAUCUAAUUCAAAAAUUAAUAAAAACAAUAUAGAAACUUGUAGUACCCUUUAUUAUUAAAAACUUUAAAAUAUUUUAACGACUAGUUUUUAUUAAUUUGUACAAAAGUAGGCAAUGUAAGUGAAGUGUUUUUCUAAUUCGAAAAUUAUCAAACAAUACUGAAUAAUACCCGAAUAUU